AUGGUCAGGAUUGUGAUCGUCCUGUCUAUUAUAGCCCUCCUGUCAUUGCCAGGUUUUGCACUUCCUUUCAAUAAGCCUAGUGAUGAUGAUGUUAUCAAGAGUGUAAAUGAGCAGAUAAAACAGAAAUUAGAUCAGAUUCUAUCUUCGGAUUCCGAUGACGAAGUCGAGGAGGAUAGAAAAAAGAGAGAGUCGUCUUUAACAAGCAGUCCAAACUUAGAAACGAGUAAAGACGAUUACUCCAACGAGAAAACUAAUGAUGAUGAGGAAGACACCGAUGAUGACGAAGGAGGAGAUAUUAAAGAAGAGCGAAGGAAGAGGAGUAUAUUUGAUGAGAUUUCUUCCAUCGGAAGUUCGGCCAGUUAUCCAUCCGCAAAACUCGAAAAAAUAAAGAAUGAAAGGACUGAUGAUGAAGAGGAAGAGGGGGAGAAUGACAUUGAUACAGACGACAAUGACCGGAGAAAGAGAAAUAUUGACUCGCAGAUUCGGGAAGAUGAAAACGAUGAAGGUGACAUAAGGCAGGAGAGGAGGAAAAGAAACACGGAAACGGAAAUAAAUUAUACGGACGAUGACGACGAUGAUGAUUAUUUGUUGUUAGAGAGGAGGAAAAAAAGAGAUGCAAAUUCUGGUUUCAAUGAUGAUGAUGAUGACCGUGAUGAUGAUGAUGAUGAUGACGAUUAUGUUGGUGAAGGUGAUCUAACAUUGGAGAGUUUAAAGAAAAAAGAUUCGGAAUCUGGAGUAGGAGUUGAAGUUGAUAACGGCGAGGAAAUUGACGAUGAAAAGAAAGUAGAACGAAAAAAAAGAGACGCAGGCUUAAUGAUCGGUAGUGACGAAAAUGAAGACGGAGUCGACUCUGAUGAUUUGACAACAUAUCGGAGAAAAAGAGACGCAUAUUCAGAAAUGAUAGAUGAGGAGGACGAAGACGACAGCGACAUUGGAUCGACGUUGAUAAAAAGGAGUACAGAAUCUGUUCAGAAAUAUGCAGGUAAUGUUCAUGUAGCACCUGUAGAUGAAUCGGGCAAGGUUUUAAUUACUCGUAUAGGACGGGACAUAAGUGAAAUGAACAAGGAUGUCGAUAAUGUCGACAAAACUCCACCUAGCGGUGAACCUGCCGUUUACAUUGUCCGAAAGGAAAGAGAUCUCAGCAAAUAUGGUGAUGGAGAUGGUAGCGAAAUGGGGACAAAAAAGAUAGAUUUACAAACAGGGCCAGAAAAUCUAAGUAUUGAUGAUGAGGACUCAGAUGAUGACGAAGCAGAUGAUGAUGAUGCUAAUGAUGACGAUGACAAACUUUCAGAAAGACGGAAACGUGAGACAGAAUUUAUCAAUUUCGAUGACGAUGAGGGUCUUGAUGAAGAUUAUGAUGAUAAUGAAGAUACCACACCCAGAUUAAGGAGAAUGGCUUCAGUCAAACCCAACUCUACAGCUCGACCCCCGUCAAAUACAACCUCUGUUACCCCAUCGUCAUCAACCACUGAAAGUCUGCUCCAAACGUUUCUACGUAAGUCGGCAGCUACAAAAUUCACUGCAUCGUCAUCAAAUGACGAUGCUGACAAGGGCAAUGAAACUGAUGACGAAGAUGAAUACGACGACGACAAUGAUGAUGAUGACGAAGAUGAAAAAAACAAUAUUUCAAAUAAGAACAAAGAAUUAGAAAAACAACUUCGAUCCCUUGUGAAAAGCGUGAGCAAGCAGAAGCGUGACAUAACAGGUUACGCUCCUCGGUAUACCGAUGCAGAUGAUGACCUGCAGAAAAACGAUUUUCUUUCUGAAAACAAAGUUCCUGAAACAAAAGAAAGCAGUAACCAAACACACACUCGUAUACACAUCGCCGAACCAUCCGACUUUGAUCUCCAUGAUAAUUCAAAGGAAACUGCAUUGGCCACAGUAGAUGUUCACCCUCGUGCUCCAGAAGUUACUCAACACACAAGUAGUAACGGUUUAUCAUUGGCGUCAACAAAACAGAUGGGCGGGGAACCAUUCGGUCCCAUAGCAACAAAAAGGAGUGUCGAACAGCAGUAUUCGGCAUUCUUUACUAAGAAUGCUAAACGUCGUGUGGCAUGGGUGGAGCCCAAGAUGAUGCAGAACUGUUGGGCACAAGAAAUGCUUGCCUCACGGUUCGGAUACUCGCCCAGUUGUAAUGCAGAUGGCUCUUUCUCGCCCAAACAAUGCUUCUUGGAAAGAUGCUGGUGUGUUCACAGAGACGGCAGUCCCCAAGAUCCCAAUGUAAACACUCGUUUUGUCUUCUCUGUGGCAGCUAUUAUGAUGGAGUGUACACAGAAUCCAUAA